CUUCAAUCCCCAACCUUGCUAACUCUUAGACGAAAACCAACUCUCAACUUUACAUAGUACUGAAACGAAACGAAACGGAACAGAACAGAACAGAACCCUUGGAAUAGAUUGAAGCUGGCGUGUAUGCACAUGUACCGAUGCCGACCGCAAUACCCUCUAUAGCCUGCCUAGGCGUAAUAGGUCGAAACAACAACCCCCUCCACAUAACCAUCUUCGCCUCCCACGACCCAACAACCAACACCCGCGCCCCCCUGCGCACCCCCCUCCAGUUCUCCCUCCUCCUCAGCAGCACCCUCGACGUCUUCGAGACCCGCGCCCGCCGCGCCGCCACCGCCUCCACCACCUCCACCACCACCGCUUCUUCUGGUUCCCCUGCUCCCACUACACCCGGUGCCGCUGGGGCAGGAGGAGCAGCGACCGCCCCGAUCGUAACCGGCGACUUCGGCCUCCUCCACGCCGUCGACGAGCGCCUCGCCGCCUACGGGUUCGAAACGAACACCGGCGUCAAGUUCGUCGCCGUCGUCGACAUGCGGGGGCGCUUUCUCCCCUCCGAUAACAGCAGCGGCAGCAACACCAACACCAACAAUAAUACCUCGGCAUCCGCCUCCAACACCACCCUCGCCGGCGGCGGUUCCGGAGGACCAGCCCCAGCAGCAGCAGCAGCGGUAGGCGGCCUGGGCCUGCGCACCGGCGUCGGCCUACGGGAGGCGGAGCUGCGGGUCGUGUUUCGCGCGAUGCAGACGGCGUAUGUGCGGCUGUUGCAGAACCCGUUCUAUGAUCCUGAUGAGCACGCGCCGUUGAUACUGCCGCCGGCGGGGGGAGGGGGAGUGGGGGGGAAGAGGAUCUCGAGUCGCAGGUUUGCGGAGGAGAUGAGGAGGAUUGGGGAGGGGUGGGCGCCCGGGGUUACUGUUUUGUGAGGGCAUGUUGUAGAGGGAAAGGGGAGGGGGGGGAGGAGGAUGUGAGCACACACCUCUCUCUCUGCCUCUUGCCUUGGAGCGAGCGAGCGUGCGUGUAGGUAGGUAGGUAGGUAGGUAGACAGGUAGAUGGCUACCUAGGUACCUAUGCAUAUGCAUAUGCAUAUACGGACGGCGUUAAGGGGCGGUAUAGAGCAUUAGGUGUUCGGGCGUUUAUUAUUUACUACUUAGGUACUACUUACUACUACUACUAGUACCUACUACUACUACUACUUCGGCACCUACCGGUAAAAGGGGGUGUAGGGGGGAAGGGGAUGGAGAGGGGAGUGAGGUUUAUUUUACAUGCAAUGCCUGUAUUGUAUUGUAGUGUAGUGUAGUGUAGUGUAGUGUACGCGCUCUAUGAUGCAAAUCAAAUCAAAUCAAAUCA